UUUCUAAGUGUUCAGUCUUUUCAUCGUAACAAUUUGCAAGCAUUAGCCGGUGCAUGUUUAUUUGUAUCAAGUAAAGUGAAAGCACCACAACCAUUGAAUGCUGAAAGGAUUGCUUAUUAUACGGAUGGUGCAGUACGAAUGGAUCAAAUUUUGCAAGGAGAAUUGCUGGUGUUAAAUAAGUUAAAUUGGGAUGUUUCAACAUCGACAGCACUCGAUUUUCUCGAUCAGGUUGCAGCCCGGUACAGUGCUCUACAUCCGUUAUCCGAAGAUAGCCGUAUUGCAGCACAUCGGAUACAAAUGGGGGUAUCACAGGAAAAAUGA